AUGAAAACUGAGACUAUAGUCACCAAAGCAUUCUGGCAAUGUUCAGAAUUUAGUCGCAUUAAUCAGAACGGAUCUUCUGAUACUGUAAACUGGAUUUCAGAGCUAUACAGUAUUCAUAUUAAAGGAUUGUAG